CACGCUCAAGGUCUCUCGUCAAUGGCUGCCCUCUCUGGUUUCGAUAGAAGGAGAAUAAAUGGACCAGAAGAAAGCUUUCCACCCAUAUUUGAUAUCAAAGCUCAACUUAAACCUCGACAACGUUUAGGCAGGAAAACGACGGACAUCCGACCCAUUUUCCUUCAGCCUGGCCUUAUCAGUCAAGCGAAUGGGUCUGCCUAUAUCGAAACGGAGCGGACGAAAUUAGCUUGUGCCGUCUACGGCCCUCGACAGUCAAAAAACACGUCUUAUAGUGAAAAAGGGCGCUUGAACGUUGAGGUCAAGUUUACCCCAUUCUCAUGUACCAUGCGAAAAACCCCAAUACGAGAUGCUGAAGACAGGUCGUUGGCUGUUGCUAUUCACCAAGCGCUUUUGUCGUCUAUUCGAUUAGAGCUACUCCCAAAGUCAGCGAUCGAUAUCUUCAUCAUGAUCAUUGAGGCAGAUGGUAUUGAAGGAUGCGUUGCCUCGGGUGCGAUCGCAGCCAGUACAGCUCUAGCUGUAGCUGGCAUCGAGAUGCUAGGGCUUGUGACUUCGUGCUCAGCGUGUAUCGUUGGCAACGAGAUCUGGUUAGAUCCGACAGAGGAAGAAGCGCAGAACUCUGAAGGAACCCUUGUCUUAUCGUGUAUGCCCGCGAUUGGAAGUAUAACGAGCAUCUGGCAGAAUGGGAAGAUGGGGACCGAACAAGCUCUAUCAUGUUUGGGAUCAUGCGAAGACCGUUGCAUCGAGAUCCAUUCUGUGGUUGCUCAGGCGUUACUCGAACAUACUCAGAAUGAUAAAGCUGAAACUUGAAUUAUCACG